GCGAGCGUUAGUGGUGCACAGUGGCUCUCUUCUCAAGCGGUUAAAGUGCUGUCAAAAAGUAGUUUUAAGCGCAAAGGACAAUGGAGGUAAACGGCGGUCCUGCGAACUCCACAGUGACUGCAGAGGUGUCGUUGUCGUUUCAAGAGGAACUAACCGCGACCCUGCAAAACGCUCUCGGUGUGGCGGUGGAGAUCGCCGUGGUGGAGAUCACCAGACUGCUGGAAAGAGCCCUCCGAGAGGUGCAGGGACAGAUUCAGGAGGCUCUGCGGGACAACAGCGCGCUCAAGUUUAGACUGCAAACCGCUGAAACUCAACUUUCUUCAGUGUGCGGUGGCCUGGACCAGCAGGCGCUGAGCCUUGAGGAUUUCCCCGUCAGUAACAGCAGCAGCGGCGGCGGUCAGUUGAUGACAAACAACCCUCCUCCCCUCAGCAGAGCGCAGCGUGGGGGGCUCCAGGUCAGUGCUCUUAACAUCCGGCAACAAACCCAGUCCAGUGUGAACUCUGAACAAGAUUAUGUGCCGUGUGAACCAAAGGACACCAAUGUUUUCCAGCGAGCACCGGUCUGCGGGAACCCACUCGCAGAAUCGACUUUAAACUCUGAUUCACUAGAAGAAGCGACCCACUAUCGCCACAGGGCCAAUGACACCAAGAAUGAGCAGCACGGUAUGACCAAAACUGACCUGUCAUGUGCUGGAGCAGUUUCGCAUGUGCUAAGUGAUCCGUUGUCCCUUGAGGUGGCUGUAAAGGUGGAGAAAGAGGAGGGUUAUGGUGACCCAAUCCCUGUAUCCAUCUCUGUAGCAGAAGAGCCAAACUCAGACAGUCUUUCUCUGGCUCAAUCGCGACUGCUGGAAGACUGGAGACCUGAGCAAUUGCAAUCAGAGAACUGCCAAACAAACAUGCCCUGCCAGUCCUCCAACCACCCUGUUGAUUUCCUGUCGUCGUCAAGCUCGGGCCAGCAAAUCCACUUUCCAAAGCUCAACAAUCACAAGAGGCCCGAGCACUUUAUGUUUCCCGGAGGCCCAGGACCGUACCAUUGUAUCAUAUGUGGACGAGACUUCAACCGCAAGCACCAUCUGAAGAUUCAUCAGAGGAUCCAUACAGGAGAGAGGCCGUACACAUGCUCCAUCUGCAGCGCACGCUUCCGGCAUGCUUUGACUCUUAAGCGUCACUUCCGCCUUCAUACAGGAGAGAAACCUUAUACUUGCGGUCAGUGUGGGAAAAAGUUUCGAAAUGAUGGUGGAUUGCGGUCGCAUCAGUGUUCAUGACACCUGCUGUAUGAAUGCAUUAUUUAUGGUAGUCUUGCGACGUUAAUGAGCUAUAUGCACAGAGACAUUUAAUUACAGCCAGCCUCAGAGCUUCCAGUGAACUGUCUUUACAUUUUAAAAUUGACACGUUUAAGAUUUGAUUUCCUUAAAAAUCUGUACUUUUACUGCCUGAGAUAUACGACAUAAAGUGGGUCUCAGACCAGACAAGAAGCACUGCAUUAAAUUCCAUUUCCCCCUGUCAUGUCUUUAAAAUAUGACAAGUCAUUUUACCCCAGUAUUUUCAAUGGAGUUACAGCGCUCACCUGCUGAUCCUGAUGGCGCUAGAGGUUACAUGGUCUUUCAUCUCGUUUUACGCUUGAACAACUUAAGUCUGUUCAACUGGAUUAUCAUUGGCUGAAAAACACUAGCUGUGCAUAUAGCCCAUUCAAUAUCAGGUCACCCCAGGCAUUGAAAGGUUAGGAGAAGCAAAGUUCACCCAAAAAUGAAUGAAUCUUCUAGCGUAUCUCAGAUUAGCUAUGGUUAAUCUUCAAAGCACAAUCUAAGCUAUUUUUAAUGAUGCCUGUUUCUGUUUUUCUGAUAAUCAAGAUUAAAAUGAUCAUAAAGGAUUUGUAAAUCUGUAUGAAUAAUGACACAAUUGUUAUUCAUUUUGGGUGAACUAACCCUAUGAAUGUUCAUGAAUUAAUACCCGGAAGAACUGGAUGAGGAGCAUUUGGUGAAUGGAUGUCCCUUAUACCUUUAAUGCCUUUUCAAAUAUUUUGUGCCUGACGUAGGGCUGUGCUAUUUAUUUAUUUAUGUAUUUAUUAUGCUUAUUUUGAAUCCCUGAUUUCUUUCACAAAAAAUGUCUUUGUGAUUUUAAAUAG